AUGUCUUCAUUUCAUGACAAGAUAUCCCAAGCGCGGUUCCAUCCAGUAUCAGAGGACAUUGCCAUCUUCCACAACGAAUUCUUCGCUCUACCAUUCGCAAUCCUUCCGUCGCAGAGCCGAGAGGGCUCAUCACGCUCACCAGAAGCCCACGGAGCUGCUAUGAUACCGUACAAGUCACUGGCUUUCUCCAUGUCCCGCCCGCGAUCACCCUACCUUAACCGAAUUGUGGUCUUGUUGUUUCCUGCUUGGAUCGCGACACGAGAAUUCUUAGUGGCCAUGGCAUUUCAGCACACAAUCAUAUUUCUUACUCUUGUUGGAAUGCAAUGCGAGGACGUUGUUUCGUGUUUUCAGCUCUCUCAUCCCGCCUGCCACUCGGUCUCCGACUGACUUCGCGACGGUUUCUCAAAGUUCUUCCUCCGAUGGUGUCGAUGCGUCGGCUUUAUAAUCACCGCCCACCUGGACAGCCGCUAGCCCAGUGCCUUCAAUCUCUCAGUUUCGACUUAGGAAAUGGCCUUUUAUCUAAUCCUACGCCAUGUUUUGCAUGGGGCUCUGCCCUCAACCAGGGAGGAUACGCAUCAAGGCAUGGCACAGAGUGGCUGUUUUGUUUCGUCGGGCAAGCUUUCAUUAUCAAUGCAAUGACAACAAGGUCAAAUGACGAUUACAGAGGUUUUGUUGGAUGGGUCGGACGGAAAGUCAAGUGUUUUAGUAAUCAGGACGGCGGCAUCCCUUGCUUAAUAUGCACUCUUUUUCGCCAGCCGUCAUCCCAAUGUCACUUCUUGGAUUCCAGGACACAUCUGCCGUUUACCAUCGUCGUCCCUGUGACGCACUGUGUAUUUACGCACUUGAGUUGCAAAUAUAACCCGUUCCAGCUGUUCGCGCACUGCGACAGGGCGUACGAUGAAAAGUCUCGUUGAGAUUCGCUAGUCAAGGUUCCUAAAAUGCGCACCCUGAUGCAUGAUGCAUGAUGCCUGAUGCCUCUAAAGGGUCAUCUGAUCCUAGACUCCCACAGCUGUCAUUACCUUUUCUCCCC